AUGCCAUCGGAACCAACCCUUCCCACUCGAGUCCUGCGAGACCGGAAAAAGGCUACAUCAAAUUUACUACCAGCAAUCCAAGAAUCAUCAUUCCAAAACGUCGUUGAAGGUUCCGAAAAUUCUAUGAAGCGUAAAAGGACAUCUGCAGGUUCAGAUACCGGAAGUGUGACACAUGAGCUCAGAGAUGACAUACCCCAACGCCUCAAGAGCGUAGGUGUCACAGUCGGAGAAAAAUCAUCCCGUGUCCGAUUACUUGAACUCCUUGAUAAAUGCACAAAACCCAAACGGCCUAGGCUACGGGAAUCAUCAGCCUCCAGGAUUCCCUCAGCUCACGAGGUUCGGGUCAAGUCGAAAUCCUCCAACAAGCAAGAAAAGGUUCCAGUUCCAGAUUUCUCAGACGUAUCUCUCAAAGCCCAGCAGUCUUCCGCCUUGUCCAAAGAUCGUCCAGCACCAAGUGACCACGAUUUCAAUUGUCACGAGCCAUUCGAACUCAUUCAAAUGAUCAAAAAUAUUGGCUUGGAUGGCCAAGGGUUAACUAAAGAUGAACUAGUCGGUCUAUGUAAUGACUAUCGAGAUUUAACAGUUGUUAUCCCAAGGCAUUUUUUUCGGUUUGCACUUCCAGAACCGCUCUCUCCAUCGACCUCCAGGCUUGAAGGUUCUCCCGAUGAAUCCGCCGCUCACCAACCUCCCAGUCAAUGGUGCAAGACUUCAUCUCGUCAAGAUCCUACCCAGGCCACAGUCUACACUGGCACCAGCGAGAUACCCUCCAAAUCCAGAAGGAAAGGAAAGGAAAAAGCGAAUAUUGAAACAUCUAAUCUGACAUCAUCCGAUGUCUCUUUAGCUGCCGAACAGGAAAUUUCAGUAGAUUCUUCGAGCGAGGUACGAGGUAAUGACAAAUUAGAGAACACCCAAAUCUCUGACCCAGCAUCAAUCAAGCUACAAAGUAAUCAACCAGAGAAGCACAAGACACGAGACCCAGUCCCUUCUUCACGGCACGGAAAAAUCUUCGAAAAAUACUCACCAGUUGAUACUCCUAGUCUGGGGUAUCAAAGCUCAUCCAAGUCUUCUCACUGCUCCACUAGAAAAUCAAUGUCCAAAAACCUUCGACCGCGCUCAAAAAGAAAAAAGGCAACCCUGAUUUGGGAAGAUGAAGCCUCUCAGCACGAUGAAACACCAAGUGAUCGAAGCAAUUAUUCAGAUGAUUUAAUGCUAGAAACCGACGAUGAAGAUUUAAUGCUAGAAACCGACGAGGAAGAUCAACCCGAGCUACCUACUAGAAAACAAAAGACUAGACCCCACAAAUCCACACACCCUUCCACCCCCCUGAAUUCAUCAUCGGUACCUUUAACUCCAACCCCUCAUCGUGAUAAACCUAGUGUUGCUGGACAAAGCGACUGUGAGGAAUCCACACACCAACAGGAAUGGCGUCCAAAAUAUUGGACUUAUAUGUGGACAUAUACCAACAGAUCAACUUAA